CGAUAGAUGAAGCGAGUGUUGCACGCGUAUCAAAACCCACGGCGUUGCGUGAUUACGGAGGAUUCAGUAGAAAUUAAUGGUACUCGAUAAUUACACUGUUCGGAACAGUGAUAUGUACUCUUGAUAGUGAACUUUGACAUAAGUAUUAUCUAGAAAGAUCGUAUUUUACAUUUUUACUAAAAGAAACUUUGAUAUAUAAAAUAUGGCUCCGCGAACAGAAACAGUUGCGAAGGAAACUCCGGAAUUACCGAAAGAAGCUCCAAAAAGAGGAAUUAAUGCGGUUUUAUUGGGGCCACCUGGUAGUGGCAAGGGCACACAGGCUCCAUUGUUCAAGCAACGAUAUUGUGUAUGUCACCUAGCUACAGGCGAUAUGCUCAGAGCAGAGACUGAAUCUGGAUCUGCUUUAGGAGUAGAAAUUAAGAAAAUAAUGGACGAAGGUAAAUUAGUCAGCGAUGAUCUCGUGGUCAACUUGAUUGACCAAAAUUUGGACAAGCCAGAGUGCAAACGUGGUUUCUUAUUAGAUGGUUUUCCCAGAAGUGUUCCCCAAGCUCAAAAACUAGAUGAUAUGCUGCAGAAAAGAAAAACCAAAUUAGAUGCUGUAAUAGAGUUUGGAAUCGAUGAUAAUUUAUUAAUAAAAAGAAUCACUGGCCGUCUGAUACAUACUGCAAGCGGUAGAUCGUACCAUGAAGAGUUUGCUCCACCCAAGGUUCCUAUGAAAGACGAUAUCACUGGGGAGCCAUUAACAAGAAGAUCUGAUGAUAAUCCAGAUGCAUUGAAGAAGCGAUUAGCGGUAUAUCAUACACAAACUCAACCUCUGGUUGAUUAUUAUGCUUUACGAGGAAUUCAUUAUUACGUUAACGCAGCUCAAUCGAGUAAAGAGGUUUUUAAAGAUAUCGAUCGCAUCUUUAUGAGAGCGACUAAAUCCGAAAAUAUUGACGAAGAGAUUCAGAAGAAAGGAUUUUUUGGUCGAUUCUUUUGAAGCAUCUAAUAAAAUUGUUCCAGAUCAUUCUUCUCUUGUAAACUAAAAGAACAACCUGUAGUUAAUGGGAAAUGUUCUACUUUUAGUAUUAUAAUAAUUUUUAAAGAACUGUAGCAUUUUAGAUGUAUAAUCUCCAAUUCAGAAGCAAUUUACAUGUUUAGGGGUACAUAGUUGAUACCAUACGUAUUUUUUUGAUUGAGUACUGUACAGUAUAUCUAACAAAGUAUGUAAAAAGUGAUGGGUAAUGCGAUUGUUACCGCAUUAAUUUAAUUGCAAACGACAUUGUAGGUUCUUAACAGAAAGUAUUGUAAGCUAACAAAUUGAAUGCACACAUUUUAUCAGCAUAUUAAGCAUAGUGAGAACGUGACAUAUAAAUUAGUCGUUUAAAUAGACGAAAUGGACGAUAUAUUUGUAUAUAAUGGACAACAAAAUAAGAUUUAUUUCUUUGAUUAAUGCUAUAAAAGAUAUUUUUUUUAUUCGUUUCUACUUUGUUACUUUGACUUAUAUAUUUAUCCAAGACGUAGAAUAUGCAUGUCAUUUCUUGCAUUUUUUCAUUUAGAAUUAUAAUUAUCAACAUAUUUUCAUGUAUAUGUUGUAGAGAAAUGUUAACCAGUUUUACACGCACAUGUAUAAACUUUUAUAAUCUUUUUGGUCAGUCGGAUCGUAUUUCGAUAUGAAAAUGUAUUGCAUAUUUUAAGAUUUUGCACUAUCAAUGUAUCGAACAUGUUACUAAGCCUAUAUAUUAUCAAAAGUAAGGAAUUUUACGAAUGGCUAUAAAUUAAAACACAAUGUAGAUCAAAAUCUCUAUUUUCCAUAAGUGAGAGUAACUCAAAUCUAUUCUGGUACAAUAUUUCUGCCUAUAUGUGAUGUAUCAUUAUUCAAUUGUAAAUAUUUUACAAAGAGAAAUGAAUGUAUAUCUGGAUAAAAUAAAUUUC